GCUUCAGUUAACUUUAAUUCAACUAUAUCGUUUCGUUGCACGCAUCCAAAGUGCAAGUUUACUUCGACAUAAUGGCGUUUAAGAUGGUUGCCCUGUUUGCCACUCUGGCCUGUGCCAGCGCUGGCUACCUGGAAGCUGAUCACCACUCGGCACACUACUCCCCAGCCUCGGCCGUCAGCUAUAGCUCGAUCACCCGUGAGCACCACCCGACAAAGGUUGCCAAGACCGUAACCUACGCCGAACCGGAUGUCCACUACGCCGCUCCAGUCACCAAGACCUUAUCGUACGCUGAACCAGCUGUCCACUAUGCUGCUCCAAUUACGAAGACCCUGGCCUACGCCCAACCAGCUAUGCACUAUGCCCAGCCAUCGGUCCAGUACGUCCAUGAGCCAACUUACACCAAGACCGUUGUAGCUGAACCAGCCUACACCAAGACCUAUGAACACCAGCAGCCAAACAUGUACACUGCCAAGACUCUGACUUACCAAGCUCCUGUCACCUACAGCUCCCUUGCCGUCAAGAGUGUUGUCCCAGUUGCCAAGACCUACGUUUCCGAGCCAAUCUACGCCAAGACCUAUGCCUCCGAGCCAAUCUACGCCAAGACCUAUGCCUCCGAGCCAGUCUAUGCCAAGACCUAUGCCUCCGAGCCAGUCUACACCAAGACCGUUGUUCAGCAGCCAACCUACGUCAAGACCGCUCAGCCCUUAUACGCUCAUUCUGCUCCAGUUGUUGCCACCAAGACCCAGAGCUACGCACCAGAAGCUCAGGUGUCACACAUUAGCUACCAGGAUGCCAACGCUCAUUACGCUUGGUAAAUUCAGGUUUC